AUGCCUACCCUCCGCGGCAUCGACGUCUCAGUCGUCCUUGCCACUGAUGGCGCCUCUCUGCCAGAGAUUCCACAUCCCGACGCCUCCUCAGUCAAGCUUCGCGGACCUCACCCGAACAGCCCGGCUUCAGUUUUUGGUGCACAGCCCACGCCAGCUAAGGGAAAAGCUACAUCAUCGGUGUACAUCCCCUCUUCCCCAGGUGCUCAGUUUCAUAUCCGCUAUGGCAUCACUACACCGCCUCCUCCUAGCAGCACUAAGUAUGUGUACUUCAAGAUGCUGAUGAACGGACGACCAAUCGUCUGCUGGGGUGUCAAGUCACUCGUCGGCACCCAGAUGGUGAGCUACGCUCUGUACGAGCCCGACAACAAGUGGACGUUCCGAGAUAGCGGGGUUACGUACCAACGCGAGGGUGUCGAGAAGAGAUACUUUCAUUUCAGUCCCAACACCGAGAAGUCCGCCGCAAUGGAUGGCGGCCUCAUUGAGAUACAAGUCUUCCGAUCUCAGCAACGAAAAAGGGUCUUCUCCGAGCUACCCAGCUUUCGGAGUCAGGAUCCAUACGGCAUCACCUCUCCCACGGGUGGCCUGGUCGAUGAACCUCAAGAUCUGAGCUACUACGACUGGCUUCUAACGGACCCCAGGGACUCUCCCUACGCUACAUUUCGCUUGUUCUAUCGCACGUGGGAUCACCUCAAAGCACUGAACUUGGUGACGAGAUCCCAGUACAACCACAUCAUGGCAGGAUCUCAAGAGAAUAAUCUACCGGAGUUGAAUACUGCAAAGACGACAACACUGAUGACAGGGAGAACGAAGACGACGAAACAAGAGAUGAAGGCGCCAGCCCUGCCGGCCACUUCUGGUGAUGCAGGUCCCUUCGACUUUGGCCCAGUUGACGGAUCCGUCUUCGAGGAUGGCGGCAAGUUCAGCGACAAGAAAGGAAGGCAAAAGUUCCAUCUUUCUGCACCACCCAAGCUCGCCCCCCCUAUGAGGCCCUCAUCAAGCGUGCCGCAGCCCAGUAAAUCCUCCCGUGGUAUCAGACAGGCAUCCGAUUCUUUGAGGCCUUUGCCUGCGUUGCCAGGCGCACAGUCAAACUUGUGCAGACCUUCGCUGGAGUCGGUUCGGGCUCCCUCUGUCACACCCUCUCUCCUAACAUACGUCGAUGAGUCGAGUGGUGCCGACGAGAUUGAGUUUGGGGUUGCCAGGCAAGUUGCGAUACCCGUUAAGACUCCUGGUCGUUCUUUGCCCGCGGUACCGCCAUCGUCGUCCGACUACGACAAAACACCUCCUUCCACCGGCGGCUUGGAAGUAUCCAGGCGUAUUGGGCGCUACAGUUACACUGCCGCAGACGCUAGAAACGACAAAGGCGACACUUCUGCAGGCGCUUCUGGAACGGACUCCCUGGCUCGGAAUUUCCGGAAUACAUCGAUAUCAGAAUCAGAGUGGCUCAAGCGAAGCGCAUCGCCAUUGCGCAGAAAGCAAGGGGAGGGGAACCUGAGCAGACGUAACGCGGAAGCAACAAAGGAGGCGUCGCCAUCGAAGACGAACCAAAGCUACUGA